AUGUUCCUCCUCACCUCCCUCCUCACCGGCCUCCUAGCCAUCUCUCUCACCAUCAUCGGCGUGGCCUCCGCCCCAGCAGCCAACUACUUCUGGUCCAACUGGUCUGACGGCAAGCCCAAGCUGACGGUAAAGAACGGCGCCGAGGGCAAGUUCGACGUUACCUGGUCUGGAGACAAGGGGAACUUUGUCAUUGGAAAGGGGUGGAAUCCUGGUAGUAAUAGAAACGUCUCCUACACCUCCACCUUCUCUCCACUCGGCAACGCCUACUUAGCAGUCUACGGCUGGACCACCUCCCCCCUCGUAGAGUACUACAUAAUCGAAGCCCACGGGGAUCACCACCCAUCCGACAACCCGGAAGCCAAAAUCCUAGGGAACGUCACUUCCGACGGCGGGACAUACCAGAUCAUGACCAAGAAGCGGGUAAACAAACCCUCUAUUAUCGGCACCGCGACGUUUGCUCAGUAUUGGAGUAUCAGGUAUGAGCAGAGACCGGGCGGGGGAACGGUUAAUACGGGAAAUCAUUUCAAGGCGUGGGAAAGCGUGGGACUGAAGAUGGGGAAACAUAAUUAUAUGAUUGUGGCUGUUGAGGGGCAGGAUAGUAGUGGAACGGCGAAGGUGGAGGUUGGGGUUGCGCCUCCGCCUGUUGAGGUUGUGCCGGUGCCGACGACGGUGGCGGUGGUGGGUGGUGGGAAGUCGUGA